UGUCGGGAUGGGCAAGACUAGGAAAAAUUUCAAGGGUGAGAGUAAGGCUCGAAGUGGAUUUUAAUCGUUUUCUUUUACUUCAGAUUCGAAAGCUUCGAUAUACAUUUUCGACGUGAUGAGUGUUUUAGAGAGAAAGGGUGAAAAAUUUUGGAAACCCUUUAUCCAGCAGUAUUGCGAAAACACGACGCUUCAUGGAUUUCGAUACGUGGUUUCGCGCGACUCGACGAUCGUUGAGAAAUUCAUUUGGUUGCUGGUUUGCAUUCUCGGCUUGAGUUUUAGCGUGGCGUUGAUGAUGCUCGUGUGGCAGAGAUUCAAGCAAACGCCCACAGUAACGACCAUCGAGUCAACGACGCAUCCGAUCUUCAGUCUCAAUUUUCCAGCGGUUUCCAUUUGCAAUUACAAUAAAGUUUACAAACCUCACGCCGAUAAAUUUUCCGAAGACAUGCGACGGAAAGGGUUGAGCGAAAAAGAGAUCGUGACUUUCUUCGCGUCGCUGCCGAAGCUAGUCAGGCCUGACUACAUCGAUGCCGACAACAGACGAGCUCUGGAGUUGAUGACUUCUCCGGAGGUCACCAUCGAGGAUAUCAUGUACGAUAUGAUGCAGCCGUGCGAGAAGCUGCUGCUGAGGUGCACGUGGGAGGGAAAGGUGUACGACUGCAACAAAAUCUUCAAACCCAUCAAGUCCAUCGAGGGAUUCUGCUGCGCCUUCAACUACCACGUCGACACGUCUGAAAAUUCCAUCUUCGGAGUGAAGGGGGCCAAAAAGUACAUAAACGUCAGCUCGGCAGUUCGACACAAUCUCACGAAAGAAGAGCCGGGCGUUUUCGAAGUCCUGAGUGUACCAGGCGCAGGCAGAGACGUCGGACUGUCGGUUGUGUUGGACCUCGAGAAAGAGGCCUACUACGGCUCGAUCAAGCCCAGCGUCGGCGCAUCGAUCCUAGUGCACGAUCCAUUCAAUUAUCCGGAAGUCGAAAUACUAACUAGCUUCAUACAGCCCACCCAGGAGAUCGCUGUGAUCUUGUCGGGUACGAUCAUGGAAAGUGCACCUGACGUGAGGAACCUCGACCUGACGAGGCGGAACUGCUGGUUCAACGAUGAGAAGAAACUUCAAAUCAGCACGGUGUACAGCUAUCAGUCGUGUAUCACCGAAUGUAGGAUAAGAUACAUUAGGAGAUAUUGCAAUUGUGUUCCAUUUUAUUAUCCAAAUUACUAUCAAGAACGAGUUUGCACUUUGCUAGAUGUCGAUUGCCUUACCAAGUACAGAGGUAGCUUAUCCAAUCUGAGAACGAUAAUCGACUUGGUUACGGAGAACAAUACGCAAGACUCAGUCAAGUGCGAAUGUCUUCCAUCGUGCGAUGACAACCGAUAUACUUCCAAUAGUGAAAACGCGUUCAUGGAAAAUGUCUCGUUUCACUUGCCAAUACUCGAGGGGUUCGACGUGAAAAAUGUAUCCCUUGCUUCCAUUUAUUUUCGAGGUAUCACCUGCUUGAAGUACAGAAAAGAGUCCUGGAUGUCGUGGGACGAUGUUCUGGCGUCCUUCGGAGGCAUCUUCGGCCUCUGCGUCGGCGGCUCGUUCGUCAGCCUAGUCGAGUUCUUCUACUUCUUCGCCAACAAGAUCUUCCGCAACUCGAAGGAACAGCAUCAGCAAAAUUUCGUGAGCACUCCGCCGGCCCGCGAAAAAUUCAAAGUCGUCAGCAUCGACCGGCUGAGCGACUGGUCACGCAAGACUAAGCUGGAGGUCGAAAGCCUGCAGAAGAAAGAGUUGACCGCUUUGAAACAGAGCUACUCGUACAGCGUGCAAAGCGCCGGCGUGAGGCCAGACCUGCAGGAGGACUUCAUCAAGCACUUUCUCAAGCAGUACAAAUGAACAAGACGAGACAGGCGGCUGUUAUAGUAACAAAUAUUUAUACAUAAAUUUAUUAACGACGAUGUUGAAAUACAUGUCAAAUAAAGAGAGAACUCGAGACUUCCUUCGUUACGGAAAUCUUCUCGUGCUUAUAUAGAAUCUCCGUAAUUUACACACGCACUUCGCAACAGAGAGUAUUUUUUCGUCAUCUCAUCGUCUUCAUCGUUUUAACGAACGCAGUUUGUGAAUUUCUCGGUACGUGAUUAUAUAUUAUGUACAUAAGUAUGAAAUGCAAAUUAACGGACACAAUACAAUGGUAUUACAUAGUUAAAGGGUUGCACUAGUGCUCGCGGAAAAUAAAUAAAUUUUCUUAAGGGGAAAGGAGACGCUUUACUCGUUAUAAUUGAUCUCGUAACUUCGCGCGGGCUGUGUGACAGUUGAAUUGAAUCUUUCUAUUGCUUCGGUUGCGCGCAAUAAACGCUUAAGUUUUCCAGCAACUGUGUAUAAUAUACGUAAUUGAUAUCGUAGGCCUGUGUAUAAAAGACCGGCAGAGAUCAUUCGGCAGAUGGUUUUGAAAAGGGACACGCUGAACUUUCACAGAGUCGCUAUAAAUAGUUGUGUUAUAUCAUAAUAAAGCUAGACACCAGUGCUUUAUGCCUUGUAUAAAUAUAUUCGUAUGUAAUUUAUGUACGUCUAUAAUUAUGCUAUAAUAAUGCAGUUUCGAUCUGUUGGCGUUCGCGUGUCUCUUCUCGAUCGUAUAACGUUUUCAUCCAAACGUAUUUGCCUAUUUAAGCAAGUCUCCUAAGGUUUCUAGUGAACGUUUGGUUCUAUAAAUAUAUACUACAAAAUCUGCAUCGCUAUUAUAAUUGAUUCUGGCGUAUAAAAAUCUAUAGCAAAGAUGUGCACGCGUAAGUACCAUAUGUUUAAAUAUUUAUUUUUCUAUUAUGUUUGUUUAUUUUAUCGUUUAUUUAAUUUUCUGCUGCGACUGGUCAAAAUCACAUGCAUAAGAAAUUAUGCUGUAGUAUUCAUUAUCAUUGCGUUUUUAAUACGAUCAAGCUGAGGGCAGGUCAUUAACAGCUUACAACCUUCUAUUGCACAAAGUAAAAUGUAAAUCAGCUAACUUAUUAACAAAAACUCUGCUAAAAAUAUAAAAUUUUACGAAUAUAAAAGAUUUCAAGAUAAAAAUGCACAUUCAAUAUUUUCAUAAUUGACUCAUGAU